GAACAACCUAGUAGUUUCUCGAACCGAUUUGAGGUAUAUAAAUAGGCGCUCAUAAGCGAAGCGGGAUUAUUAUUGGUUGUGAACUGCGAUAAAGUAAAGACUGUGUUUAAAAAGUAAUAAUUGAGUAAAGACUGUGUUUGAAAAGUAUUAAUUGAAAGUGUUCAAUAUAUAAGUUGGAACAAUUUAAAUAAAGUAAAAUUGUGUUUUAUUUGCAAGUGUGAAUAAGUUUUAACUGUCGGACCAAGCCGAAUAUUACAAUACAUAAUUGUAGGAAAAUUUUACCAGUUUCCUUAGUGCACGAAGUAAAAGCGCAUAAAAAGAAAGAAAUACCCAAUUUCGAAACAUUAUUUAGUGGUGAACUGCAUGUAGCAUUUAGCCUUCUUCAAUAAAUGAACCAGUAGUUCUUGAGAUUAGCGCGUACAAACAAACAAACAAACUCUUCAGCUUUUUAACAUUUGUAUAGAAUGAUUUGUGGAAAAUAACAAAAUUAAUUCAUUUAUAUCUGUCUUUUUUAAGGGUUACCGUACCGAAGAUAUAUCUUGGUAUUUGCUAAAGGUUAUUGUCAUAUUAGAUCAAUAUUUAACGUUUUCCGGGUAAAUAAAACUACUUUUUGGAUAUUCUAAAACAACAUGCACUUUCUAAAUAAACAAUAAAAGAAACACUUUUUGUCCUAACAAGGACUUUAAUCCAUAUUCAUAUCAUUUAUUUCGUCUUAACUUAUCAACGCCUCUUACACGUGUUCUGUGCACCACAACACCCGCCCACCCCGAUCCAAUCAACCUAAGAAAAAUACUAAUUCCUCAUCAAAAAGAUGACAUUGUCAAAAUGUGUGCAUGUGUAUAUUUUUAGCCAACAGUAAUUUAACCAAAAGUCUGCAAAUGAAGUAGUAAACAAAGUACGGAUACUAUCAGUUUGUCUUAACCAAAAACCAAGCAUCGGAAAUAUUAAUAAAAAUUACUUAAGUAAUUCAAAAGCAAACAUAUGCGAGUGUUUCGUCAAAUUAAUUGCGUGCGGCUGUCUACCAAUUGUUCUACAUAUAUAUUCUUACGAUGAUUCCAAUUCCAUUAAAUAAAUUAAAAUAACCAAGAAAAUAAAAACUAUAAAAGCUUGAUAAUUUAACAAAAAUAAUGACAGUCACAGUUUCAUUUGGCAAUCAAGUGUGGUCGGCCUACAUUCGCUCAGGUUCAUAAUAAAAAUUAAACUAACGAUGAAACUUUUUCGAUUUAUCGCUAUAAAUUUCAUUUGUUGUUUAAUUGUUUGUGCAUCAAUUGACUUCAAUCAAUUCAAGCUAAAACCAACAAAUUUGAGUGAAGCAUCAAUUUCACUCAUAAAUCAUUCGGCAAAAAUAUUGUGCAAUUUCAAUGCAUCCGCAAUUUAUGUGUAUUUUGAAAACUAUACCUCAACUGGAUAUCCUGCAUCGAUUCUGAGGAAAUUCAGUGAUUGUGGAUGUUCAUAUAUAGUUCUAAGAAAUAAAUACAAAACUCAGCCCCUGAAAGCCAUCGAUGACGGAAUCGUAAUGUACCUUGUGCUAAUGAUCAAAAACGCCUCCCAACAAAUCGACUUGAGUAUUGUUAAAAAAAAAUCUGCCACCAAACACCGUUCCUACUUCAUUGUUAUCGUCGAAAACAGCAUCGAUCUUAAUCGAAAAUGGUUAUACCAGUCAUUUAAGAAAUUCUGGGACAUUUGGAUUUUGAAUGCUGUGAUAUUCUUUUGGCGCAACAAUACCAUUAAUAUGUACACUUUCUCACCAUUUACGAGUAAAUUUCUUUGGAAAAUCAACUCGAAUGCAGCUGGUAAAAAUGAUUUGUUCUUCCGCAAAACACCCGAUAUGAAUGGUCGAAAAUUGAGAAUAUGUCUUUUUCCGGACGAGACUCGAGCCAUCUUCGAACCAGAGGGCAAAGUUUUAGGAGCCGAUGGUUUUAUGUCAAGCUUUGUGGCUGGUAGUUUGAAUGCCACACGAGUGAUUAAGAUGCCUCAAAAUUUCAAAUGGUCUAACGUUUAUGCUAGUGAGGGAAAUAACAGUGCUGACUUUUGCCUUAGUGAAAUGCAAACGGCCAAAAGUGAUAUGGCUUUAAAUACUAGAUUUCUUUCGCUGGACAAUUUUAAGAGGACAGUCGAGCACACAGUGGUUUAUGGACGGGACGAUUUAUGUGUUCUUGUACCAAAGGCCCAACCAGCCUCGUUGUUCUGGAAUCUUUUUCGACCAUUUCAGAUACCAGUUUGGGCAGUGAUAUUCUUGAUGUUCUUUCUAACCUAUGGAUUUUGUAGGGUUCUCCUGCCACAGACUAGCCAUGUGUGCUUGAAGCUGUACUCCACCAUGCUAACUCAACCACUCAACGAACACAAUUUAACCGUUUCAAUGAGAGUCUUUCUGGUGUUUUGGUUUAGCUAUUGCCUACUCAUCACAGCUUCAUAUAAAUGCAAUCUCAUGAGCAACUUGGUAUUCCGAAUAGCUCUGCCCGAGAUUGAUAAUUUGCGAGAACUGGCGAAUUCUCCCUACGAACUGCUGAUACACGCUAGGCAUCAUAAGUUCAUCGAUAAGUACGUUGACUCGUCGCUUUCAUUUGUGAAAAAACUUAAAAAACGCAUCAUUCCAGUUUCCGAUGAUUUCCUCAUUAGAAAGCUUAAUGCCAAUGAUCUGGAUUACGCCUACUUGGAGAAAUUUCACGUUAUUAACUUUCGCGUCAAUUCAAGGAAACACUACAACCGCGGGAGGCCAUUGUUUCACAUCAUGGAAGUCUGUCCGAUACCUUUUCAGACCGUCUACAUUGUGCCCUACGGAUCACCCUAUCUUGGAAUCUUGGACAUUUUAGUGAGACGAGCUCAGGAACAUGGAUUCGUAGAUCAUUGGGCAAAACUAAUGGACACACAAUUCAAGAACACUGGGAAGAGUAUUGUGCGAAAUAACCAAAACGAAGAGGAUCUUGUGGUCUUGAGAUUCAAUCAUCUUCAGGCAGCUUUUUAUAUGUUAAGCUUAGGUCUAAUUCUUGCGACUAUUGUACUUUUUGUGGAAAUUUAUCAAGCCUAUGGAAUUGGAUUGUUUAUAUACCAACGCAGUAAAUGGAACGAGAAGCAUUUAAGAAUGUCAGGACAUUGCAGUACAAAAAUGGAACAUGCAAAGGGCACAUGUAAACACAAAAACAAAAAAACAACAUCAACUAAAAUACAAAUUAAAAAUACAAAUAGUUCAUGAACUUAAA